AAAAAGCAUACCGGGAGGAAGAGGCGACCGUCCUGCACGAGGACAGGUGAAUCACCAUGACGACAGAGCCAGGUGAGCCGCAGGAGGCCCGGCCCAGAGAGGCGGAGUCUUUCCCCGAAGCCGCCGCCCACUCCACACCCAAACAGGGUGGGCCAUCCCAGAGCCAUCCUCAAAGCUCACUGGGCGAAGACUCAGCCAGUCACCUGUCGUCGAGCAGUCGGAUCGCCCGAUCUCCAGCCAGGAACCCACUGAACUUCAGGACCAUGCAGUGCAAGGUGGAGCUGCUGGACGGCACGGUGUUCAGCUGCACUAUGGAGAAACGUUCUCGUGGUGUGCUGCUUUUUGAGAAGGUCUGCGAACACAUCAACCUGCUGGAGCGAGAUUACUUCGCUUUGAACUUCAGAGACGCAGACAACAACAAGAACUGGUUGGAUCCGGCGAAGGAGAUGAAGAAGCAGGUCAGAGGUGUUCCCUGGAACUUUUCCUUUAAUGUGAAGUUCUAUCCUCCUGACCCCGCCCAGCUCUCGGAGGACAUCACGCGGUAUCUCCUGUGUCUUCAGCUCAGACAGGACAUCAUUUCUGGUCGACUCCCAUGUUCCUUUGCCACUCACACUGUUCUCGGCUCUUACACCGUCCAAUCGGAGCUCGGAGACUAUGACCCUGAUGAGUGUGGUUCAGAUUACAUCAGUGAACUGUGUUUUGCUCCAAAUCAAACUAAAGAAAUGGAGGAGAAGAUCAUGGAGCUUCAUAAAAGUCACAGAGGAAUGACGCCUGUUGAGGCUGAAAUGCAUUUCCUUGAAAAUGUCAAGAAACUGUCGAUGUAUGGAGUCGACCUGCACCAUGCGAAGGACUCAGAGGGCGUGGCCAUCAUGUUGGGUGUGUGCAACAGUGGUCUGCUGGUCUACAGAGACAGACUGAGGAUCAACCGAUUCUCAUGGCCCAAGAUCCUCAAGAUUUCAUAUAAAAGAAACAACUUCUACAUCAAGAUACGACCUGGAGAGUUUGACCAGUUCGAGUCUACCAUUGGUUUUAAGCUGCUGAACCACAGAGCGGCCAAGAGGUUAUGGAAGGUGUGUGUGGAGCAUCACUCCUUCUUCAGGUUGGUGUCACCGGAGGAACCCCCAAAACGGUUCCUUUCUCUGGGCUCCAAGUUCCGGUACAGUGGGCGGACCCAGAUCCAGACCCGCAGAGCCAGCGCUCAGAUCUCUAGACCUGCACCACAUUUCCCACGAUGCGUCAGCAAGAGGAACAUUCUGAGCCGCAGCCUGGAUGGAGCUUCGAGGUCCAUGCCAAGCUCCUCUCUGAUUGGCUCUCCAGCCAAUACAGUGUCACUCAGAGCCAACGGGGUCACACAUUCAGAUAUGGGCACGGGUCUGUACGGAGCGUCCAAAGGUAUUGCAGUCAGCGACCUGAUCUCCUCAGUAACACCUGAGAAGAUGGGGGAGGAGAGGAGGCCUUUGGAAGUGGAGGAGGUGCUGCUGGUGGAGGAGGUCCAGGAAAAGCCUGAUGAACACAAGGAGGAUUUUCUGCAGGAGGCGGAGGAGGAGGAGGAGACCAGAGUGAUGGAGGUUUCUCAGCAGAGCCCUUCGACUCCUCCGAGACAGGACACCAAGACGGAGAUCACAGAUACAGCGGUGGACGGAGAGCUGACGGCCACCGAGUCUGAUCAGGAUGAAGAUUUAAAAACUCAGGAGACAUUGGGGAGUCCUGAGGAGGACAAACCUCAGAGCACCAUCAGUGCUCUCAGACGGUCCUUCUUAGAGGGUGGAGACGUACCUGGAGGGCUGACAGAGUGGGACAAACGUCUCGCCUCGUCCCCGUUACGACGCCUCGAUGACUCCCCGAUGAUUGAACCGCUGGAGCUGGACGAGGACCUCCCAGACAGCGGUUCACCCACGCCAAUCAGAGAGAAGAGCUACACCCUGGGGCAAAGUUACGACACUGCCUCUGGCAGGGUCAUCACGGUGACAGCGAAGGACGACAGCUCAGAUGUUGUCAUGACGACGACACACAUUCAGAAGGGGAUGUCAGCGGUCAAAAUCAUCCCCUUGUCCACUGCUGAUGAUGUCAUCACAGGUGGACCAUUGGCCACCGUUCAAGAGCUGAAGACACCACUGUCUCCACUACUAGGAGGCGGAGCCACAACUUUGAGCCCUGCCCCCCCGCAGGGUUACCUAACUGGGUGGACGUCUCCCUCCACAGGCCGAGUGCCUAAACCCACUUUAGAGGAAAUGUCUCCUGAGCUGACAGCUCUGCUGAAGUCGGCCAGAGAACAAAAAACCUUCAGAGAACACAACCUUCUGAAGACAUCAGAGAAGGUGGAGAAGGUGUUCCUGAUGACAGAGUCACAUGACCAGGACCAGCCAAUGGAGCAUCAGCCUCAGGUAGCUACAGGAAGUGUAUUUGGGCUGCCCCCCAGCAGCCCCCCACCCCCCCCUCCAGGGGUCUGCAUGACACAUGCUGAUGACAUCACAGAAGAAUGGGCCAAUAUCAGAGCUAAUGAUGCUAAUAUGGGUAAUGAGGUGGAUGAUGAGGAGGAGGGGGAAGAGGAGGAGGAGGAGGAAGAUGAUGAUGAUGAUGAUGACAGUCAAACUAGUGAAGAUGCUAUCAGCGUGUUGGCUCAGGUAGCAGUGGAGGAGGCUGUGGAUGCUGCAGUCAGACAAGCUAACAACGCUAACAGGGCUAGCAUGAAUACUAACUGCUCUGUCAGUGACACAGAGGUAACUAACAUGACAGCUAAAAACCCAAAGUAUUACCAAGAUGACGAUGAAGAUGGAGAUGAAGACGCGCUAAACUGCUCAGCCAGUCAGAACAAACCAGCCGACCACAGUGACGACGACAGUGAAUCCGAAAAUAUGGAUGAGGAGGUUCCAGUGAUGAGGAAGACUCUGACAUAUGAAGCUCCAGGGAGCCGGGUGGAUCCUGGCCCUUCAGGGCUGCUGCUGAGCUCCCAGACCUUUACUGCAGAGACCUCCAACACCACCACCACCACACACAUCACCAAGACGGUUAAAGGAGGGGAUCUCUGAGACCAGGAUCGAGAAGAGGAU